AGAUUCUUUGCAUGAUGCGAAGCUGCGGCUUCGAUUCUCAGCUCAACUUUCUGAAGUCUGGAUAGGACCAUCAAUUGUAGGCUAGAAAUGCAGAGUCCAACACAAAAUCCACCAUUUUCUGUCACAUGGCAACAAUCAACGGCUUCAAAAUCCUUAUUUGACAAGCCUGGUUUGGCAAAAAAUCCAAACGGGUAUCACAUCAAUAUGUCCGUGCCGCCUGCUACCAUCUUGACGAAAAUAUCUCACUUGAACGAACGUAAUGGAAAGAUUAUUUGCUGCCUUCCUGAUUGAAUAGAAAAGAAGAAUGGCCACCAUAAAAU